AUGGUUGCCACAAAGCUUGACGGGAACAGCAUUGCCAAGGCCAUUCGCGAACGCCUUGGCGCAGAAAUUGCAGAGAAGCAGCAGAAGAACCCCAGAUACCGCCCCAGCCUCAGGAUCAUCCAAGUUGGUGAUCGCUCCGACUCUUCUACGUAUGUGCGUAUGAAGCUCAAGGCUGCCGAGGAGGCCAAUAUCGACUGCAAGCUGCUCCACUUCCCAGAGAACAUUGCUGAGAUUGAGCUCCUCGACCAAAUCCGCCGUCUCAACAACGACGAUACCGUCAACGGUAUCCUUGUCCAGCUGCCUCUUCCUAAGCACAUCUCGGAGCCUGCCAUCACAUCCGCCGUCGCUGACGAGAAGGAUGUUGACGGCUUUGGCACAAACAACAUCGGCGAGCUUGCCAAGCGUGGUGGCGCACCCAUCUUCACACCUUGCACUCCCAAGGGUGUCAUCACUCUGCUGAAGGAGGCCGGUGUUGAACUUGCUGGCAAGAACGCUGUGGUCCUUGGCCGAAGCAAUAUCGUUGGCGGUCCCGUUGCUCAGCUCCUGAACCGAGCCAAUGCCACCGUGACCAUCUGCCACUCCGCCACGGCCAACCUCCAAGCCCAUCUCAAGAACGCCGACAUUGUGAUCGUUGCCAUUGGCUCCCCCAACUUUGUCAAGGGUGAGUGGUUGAAGCCUGGUGCUGUUGUUAUUGAUGUGGGAACCAACUACAUUCCGGAUGCCUCGCGCAAGUCCGGUCAGCGACUCGUGGGUGAUGUCGAGUUCGAUACCGCUUCCGAGGUCGCCUCCAUCAUCACCCCAGUUCCCGGCGGCGUUGGGCCCAUGACUGUUGCUAUGCUGUUGGAGAACGUUGUCGAGGCCACAAACACGUUCUUCGAGAAGGAAAAGAUCAGACAGACCGUUCCUCUUCCCCUGCACCUACAAUCCCCUGUCCCAUCGGAUAUUGCCAUUUCUCGGGCUCAGGCGCCCAAGCAGAUUACUCGCAUUGCGACUGAGAUUGGCAUUGAAAGCCAUGAGCUGGAGCCCUACGGAGCAUACAAGGCCAAGGUCGAUCUGAGCCUACUCAAGCGACUUUCCCACCGACGUGAUGGUCGCUAUGUCGUCGUCACUGGUAUCACCCCAACUCCUCUUGGUGAAGGAAAGUCAACCACGACCAUGGGUCUGGCCCAGGCGCUCGGCGCUCAUGUUGGCCGUGUGACUUUUGCCAACGUCCGACAGCCCAGCCAGGGACCGACAUUCGGUAUCAAGGGCGGUGCUGCUGGUGGUGGCUACAGCCAGGUCAUCCCUAUGGACGAGUUCAACAUGCACCUCACAGGCGACAUUCACGCCAUCACUGCCGCAAACAAUCUCUUGGCUGCCGCAAUCGAGACACGCAUGUUCCACGAGAACACUCAGAAGGAUGGCCCGCUCUACCGCCGCUUGGUUCCUGCCAAGAAUGGCGAGCGAAAGUUCUCUGCCACCAUGCUUCGCCGCCUCAAGAAGGUUGGCGUUGACAAGACCAACCCCGACGAGCUGACUCCGGAAGAGAUCCGCCGCUUCGUCCGCCUCGAUAUCGACCCAGAGACCAUCACCUGGAGACGAGUGCUGGAUGUCAACGAUCGCCACCUCCGAGGCAUCACUGUUGGCACAGCCCCCACUGAGAAGGGACAGUCUCGUGAAACUGGUUUCGACAUCUCUGUUGCUAGUGAAUGUAUGGCCAUCCUGGCACUCAGCACUGAUCUUGCUGAUAUGCGAGACCGUCUGGGCCGUAUGGUCAUUGGUACUUCACGCAGUGGAGAGACUGUUACUUGCGACGACAUUGGUGCCGCUGGUGCUCUCACCGCUCUGAUGAAGGAUGCUAUCAAGCCCAACCUCAUGCAGACGCUGGAAGGCACUCCCGUCUUUGUCCACGCUGGUCCAUUUGCCAACAUCAGCAUUGGCCAGAGCUCUAUCCUCGCUGAUAGAUUGGCCCUGAAGCUCGCUGGCACUGAGCCUGAUGAAGACCACAACGAGAAGACUGGCUUUGUUGUUACCGAGGCCGGUUUCGAUUUCACCAUGGGUGGUGAGCGUUUCUUCAACAUCAAGUGCCGCACUUCAGGCCUUGUGCCCGACGUCGUCGUGGUUGUCGCCACUGUUCGUGCUCUCAAGGUGCACGGAGGCGGCCCCCCAAUUGCCCCCGGCGCUCCCCUCGAUGCUGUCUACAAGCAAGAGAAUGUCGACAUCCUCCGAGCUGGCUGUGUCAACCUGAAGAAGCAGAUUGCCAACGCCAAAUCUUUCGGCAUCCCUGUUGUUGUCGCUAUCAACAAGUUUGCGACCGAUACCGAUGCCGAAAUCGCUACUCUCCGCGAGGAGGCUCUUGCCGCUGGUGCCGAGGAUGCAAUCCUUUCUGACCACUGGGCCAAGGGUGGCCUUGGUGCCAUUGACCUGGCCAAGGGAGUCAUUGCUGCGAGCGAGAAGCCCAAGGAGCUUCAGCUGACCUACGGCCUCGACGGCACCAUCGAGCAGCGCCUUGAAGCUAUUGCCCAGAAGAUGUAUGGCGCUGCCAAUGUCGAGUUCAGCGAGCUUGCUCAGAAGAAGAUCGACACAUACACCAAGCAGGGUUAUGGCCACCUGCCCAUCUGCGUUGCCAAGACUCAGUACUCGCUGUCGCACGACCCCGACCUGAAGGGCGCGCCCACUGGCUUUACUGUGCCCAUCCGGGAUGUUCGCAUGGCUGCCGGUGCCGGCUACUUGUAUGCUCUGGCUGCUGACAUCCAGACCAUUCCCGGUCUUCCCACUGCUCCUGGUUAUCUCAACGUUGACGUGGACCUGGAGACUGGCGAGAUCGAUGGUCUUUUCUAAGGCAAACGCAGACUUGACUUUUCUUCUUCUGUUUUCUUCUGUUUGGCAUUCGUGACUGGCACUGAUUGCCACAUUAUCAACUUUUUUGAUGAAAAUAUUAUAUACCCAGAGACUCAACGUGGGGCACAACAAGGAUAUUAGGAAUUUUGGAAUUUAUGACUGGUGCAUCUUCAACAUAUGGCGCAGGCAUGCGAGGCAUAGGGUUAUGAUUGGGAUAAUUAACCCGCUUAGAGUUAACAAGUACUACUACUAGAGCACAAUAGAAGGCUUUAGAAAGC